GGAAAGUGGACGGCCUCCGCAGACCGCACCGGGACCCACAACCACCGCGGACGCCGCCGCAAGCUUGCGCCAGCAUCCCGUGUGCCCUCGCUCCAUCGAUCUCUGACUCUUGUUUUGCGUUGGCCGAUUCGCCACGACUCGGUGUCAGAACGUAACACUACGACGUGACGGUUUUAAUAUAGGAGAAGGGCUCACUGUUCAGAAAAGUGGAAUCAGGAGACACUCCAUUUUGGUUUCUAAAGACAAAAAUUUUUUUUGGGGGGGACGGGGGUUAUCGUUGUGGAGCCCACUUCAGCUCCGCGUGCUGAGGCUUUGCGUCGAAAACGCCGACGCGGACGCCCAGGCCCGUCGUGCCCCGGCGGCGCGCAGGCGCAGUAGCCUCUCGCCCCCAGGUCCCGCCCCCCUCCCCCGUCCGGGUGGACGACGUGGAAGUUGCUGGCCGACCUGGCUCGGAGGCGUCCGCCUGGGAACCCGAGGCCCGGAGCGGCGGAGGUGGCGGCGCCCAGGCUCCACUAGGACUCGCUGCCGAGUCCCGGCCUGACUCUGCGGAUCGGCGAGGGCGCGGCGGCGGCUCAUCAUGGGUGGCUUUUUCUCAAGUAUUUUUUCCAGUCUCUUUGGAACCAGGGAAAUGAGGAUUUUAAUUUUGGGAUUAGAUGGUGCUGGGAAAACAACAAUUUUGUACAGAUUACAGGUUGGAGAAGUUGUUACUACUAUUCCCACUAUUGGAUUUAAUGUAGAGACGGUGACAUACAAAAACCUCAAAUUCCAAGUCUGGGACUUAGGAGGACAGACAAGUAUCAGGCCGUACUGGAGAUGUUACUAUUCAAACACAGAUGCCGUCAUCUAUGUAGUUGACAGUUGUGACCGAGACCGAAUUGGCAUUUCCAAGUCAGAGUUAGUUGCCAUGUUGGAGGAGGAAGAGCUGAGAAAGGCCAUUUUAGUGGUGUUUGCAAACAAGCAGGACAUGGAGCAGGCCAUGACACCCUCAGAAAUGGCCAAUGCACUUGGGUUACCUGCUCUGAAGGACCGGAAGUGGCAGAUAUUUAAAACAUCCGCAACCAAAGGCACUGGCCUUGAUGAGGCCAUGGAAUGGUUAGUUGAAACAUUGAAAAGUAGACAGUAAGUCCACUCACAUCAGUUCCUGUGAACCAAACGCUACAUCACAUACUCAUUGGAAUCAGCCGGAGUGCUUCUGUGACUGUUAGGACUGUGUGAUUGCUGGCUGUACAGAACUACUGACACCAUUUGUAAUAAAUAGAAAAAACAAGUAUUUGGCAAGAGGGUUAGCUUGAUUGAAUCACCCAAAUGGUUUAUGUAAUGUAAAAUAGUCUUCCUUGCUUUCUUGUGUUAAGGUAUAUAUUCUAUUUGUAUGGAAUUCUUACACAAAUACAAUUCUAUUAAAGAAUGUACACUCUUGGGGGGAACCCUCCUAUUUUUAAA